UGUAUACCGUACGAACCGGGUAUGCAUGUAUACGGCACCGUAUUCUACGGUGUUGUAGUAAAGUCGGGGCCGAACCACUACAUAUACACCUCCCCUGUAAAGCAGCGACACACAUUCCCUUCGCUCUCUCUCCCCCACUCGCAAUGGAGCGCUACAGGAUCACACCGAGCUUCAACAAUGGCAGUAGCCUCUCUUCUCCGCGCCCCCACUUCAACUCCAACUCCCCCUUCUACCUCUCCGUCCCCCCCAAACCCUCCCCCUUCCUCGGCGGCGCCCCCGCGCCACGCCCCGACGACGCCGAGCUGAGCAUCUUCGACGCCGAGCGCUACUUCAGCGACGGCGCCGCCGCCCACGACGCCGUCGCGAAGCGCGCCGUGGUCGCCGCCGCCGCCUCCCCGGCCCUCGAAAGGUGCGGCCUUUCCGCGAACCCGCGCGGCUCCUCCGUCUCCUCCUCCGUCGACGGCUACGGGAGGAGCUCGCGCAUCGGGCCCUACGCCACCCCCACCGCCUCCUCCGAGGCCAGCUGGAACAGCCGCUCGGGCCUCCUUGUCAACCCCCCGGGCGCCGUCGCCGUAAAGGUGAGGCCUUUCCCCCCCUCCUCCUCCUCCUCCUCCUCCAACAACAACACCACCGACCCCCGCUCCAAGGCGGGGGCGGCGCGGCGCCGCGGCCGCUUCGGGCGCAGGUGCCCGUGCGCGGGUUGGAAGUCCGUGGACGUCGAGGAGCGCUACUCCGAGCCCAGGAGCAGCCCGAUCCCCUCCAGCUUCGACGCCAAACGCGCCUUCGGGCCCAAGAAGCUUAGCGCCGAAGCAGGGGAGCUCGGCCCCUUCAACCGGGCGGAUCAGGUACCACCACCGGUAGGAGAAGAAGAGACCACGAGGAGCGAAGCGGAGGUGGAGGGGAUAACGAAGGUGAAGAUAACCCCCGGGAAUUGGGGCAAAGGCGACGCCUUUUUCUCCCCGAAGAAGCCGCCGCCUUUCUCGCUUGAGAUGGGGCGGAGGAGAGCGUUCGCGGAGCCCGGGGCGUUCUCGUUCCCGGUGCUCGGCGCGCCGCCCACCACGUGUUCGAUCGACGACCCCCCGCGCGACUCGCUGGAGGUGUUCCGCCCCGCGGAGGAGGAGGCCGCCGCGGUGGUGGCGGCGCUGAGAAAGUCGGCGGAGCUCCACAAGAAGUCGGCGGAGGCGGACGAGGUGGGGAGCGACGCGAGCUCGGACCUGUUCGAGAUCGAGAGCUUCUCCACGUCGUGCGCCGCGUACCGCCGCAGGGACUCGCUCGACGACGAGCCGAGGCGGCCCGGAGGACUCGGCGCCGGCUUCAGGAAGAGCAUGGAGGAGUCGGCGCCGAGCGAGUGGGGCUACGCGCCGAGCGAGGCGAGCGUCGAGUGGAGCGUGGCCACCGCCGAGGGCUUCGACCGCGCGAGCGUGGCCAACUUCUCCAGCGCCGCGUCCGAGUUCGACGAGUUCCGGUUCCUCCAGGCCGAGCACGACCGCUUCGCCGCCGCCGUCAGCGGCGCCGCCGCCGCCGCCUCGUCCAAGAAGAAGGGAACCGCCGGCGCCGGCGGGGGUUUGCUCAUGAGCUGCCGAUGCGAGAAGGCGGUGAGCGUGGGUCCGAACCCGGUCCGGUUCGUGCCGGACCAGCGCCGCCCGGUCGGGGUCCCGGUUUACUUGGACGAGCCGGACCGGGCCUCGGGCUUGGGUUUAGGCUUGGCGAGGCUAGGGAACACUAACCAGGUUCGGUGCCAAUCGGCGCGGUUGAGCCGGCCGGUUGUGACCCGGUAGACAGAGACAGUCUAAUCAAUCGCUCAUCGACCAUAUGUAAUACACGAAUUAUACAUAAUGGGUGCUUUGAUUUGGUCAUCGGGUGUGUUAGAUUAUUGUGGAGUACGUACGGUCAUUUGUGUAGCUUUUUGAAGUUCAUUUGGCAAAGUUUUGAUAAUGAUGUAAUAAUAAAGAUGUGUUAAUUUUUUCCAAAAUAAAAGAGCGAUAUAUUGUGUGUAC